CGGCGGCGCGGGGGCUGCCGGGAAGGGCCGGCGGGGGGCGAUGGCGGCGGGCGGGGCGGGCCGCGGCGGGGCGCGCUGAGCGGGGCGCGGCGUGCGGGGCUCGGGGCGAUGCGCGGCGCUCCCGGCGACGAUGGAGGAUCGGUCCCACAAGGUGCUGCUGGCGCUGGUGAUGCUCUUCAUCUUCGCCGUGAUCGUGCUGCAGUACGUCUGCCCGGGCACCGAGUGCCAGCUGCUGCGGCUCCGCGCCCUCAGCCCCGCCGCCGCCGCCGACCCGUACCGGGCGGAGGACGAGACGCCGGCGCGUUUCGUUCCCCGUUUCAAUUUCUCCGCCGACGACUUGCUGCGGCGGGUGGACUUCAACAUCAAGGGGGACGACCUGAUCGUCUUCCUGCACAUCCAGAAGACGGGCGGCACCACCUUCGGGCGGCACCUGGUCCGCAACAUCCAGCUGGAGCAGCCGUGCGAGUGCCGCGCCGGGCAGAAGAAGUGCACCUGCCACCGGCCCGGCAAGCGGGAGACCUGGCUCUUCUCCCGCUUCUCCACCGGCUGGAGCUGCGGGCUGCACGCCGACUGGACCGAGCUCACCAACUGCGUCCCCUCCGUGGUGGACAGCAAGAAGGAGGUGCGGCUCCGGCCCUCCAGGAAUUUCUACUACAUCACCAUCCUGCGUGACCCCGUCUCCCGAUACCUGAGCGAAUGGCGCCACGUCCAGCGAGGAGCGACGUGGAAGGCGUCCCUGCACGUCUGCGAUGGCCGGUCCCCGACCACCGAGGAGCUGCCCAGCUGCUACACGGGGGACGACUGGUCGGGCUGUUCCCUGCAGGAGUUCAUGGAUUGCCCCUACAACCUCGCCAACAACCGCCAGGUCCGCAUGCUCUCCGACCUCAGCCUGGUGGGAUGCUACAACCUGUCGGUCAUGCCCGAGGAGCAGAGAAAUAAGGUUCUGCUGGACAGUGCCAAGGAGAACCUGAAGAGGAUGGCCUUCUUCGGCCUGACCGAAUUUCAGCGGAAGACUCAGUAUCUCUUUGAGAAGACUUUCAACAUGAACUUCAUCUCGCCGUUCACGCAGUACAAUAGCACAAGGGCCUCCAGCGUGGAGAUAGACCAGCAGACUCAGCGGCGCAUCGAGGCCCUCAAUUUUUUAGACAUGGAGUUGUACGAUUAUGCAAAAGACCUGUUUUUGCAGAGGUACCAGUUCAUGCGGCAGAAGGAGCACCAGGAAGCGCGGCGGAAGCGCCAGGAGCAGCGCAAGAUCCUGAGGGCCAAGCACGUGCGCCCGAGGGAGCCGGGGGAGAACAGCUCCAGUUCUGACUACACAGGGAACGUGGAGCGGUGGCGGCGGUAGUGUGGGGAGGGGGACAACACCCCCCAAAGCAGGACCCCCCCCACCCCUGGGAGACGAUGGAGCCGUCCACGCCGACAACGCUCCUCGAGGGUUGGAAGCAAAAAGAGGUUAAAAAUGUUGCCUUUGCGGUUGCCUUCGCAGUAAAUGUUGUACUGUACGUGGAACGCUUCAUCUUAGCGUGUAAUUAAAUUGUCCUUUUUAGGUUUGUUGGAUUAUUUAUGAAAUCCAGGAGCCGAGGAGGCUCAUCGGAAAUGGUUGCUUGGACGUUUAUUUCAAAGGAGGGGGGGGAGGGGGGGGAAAAGAUCCGUAAAUUAGUUAUGAGUACAAAAUGGGAUGCUGGAAAAUGUUUAUGAUGCUCGGCUGAAAUCUAUCUGGGAAGCAAACUCAUUUCCUAAUAAUGAGCAUUUAGCAUACCCUCAUAAUACAAUAUAUGAGCAAAACCUUUUCCCUUUGAUUUCAUCUUAAUUUCACUUUAAUAAUGUGUUGUCAAGGGCACUGACUGCUUAUGAUAUUUACCAAGUUAAUGAAUGGACAACAAAGGGAACAAUAAAGGUCUAGAAUGAGAAAAAAAUAUCGACUAGUUUUAUGUAUAAUAUUGGCUUUUAAAAGGAAUAGAAGUGAUUUCUCUAGCUAUAUAAAAAUAUUUAAAAUUUUAAACUUUUUCUACCUACUGCUGUUUAGAGUUUUCAGCUUGGUCUAGCUCAUAUUUAAAAAAAAAAAGACAAAAAAAAAAAAGAAGACAGACACAUUGUUCUGAACUCAAUGCUAAUGUUAAAGACACUGUUUCCGGAACUUUUCAGGGCAGUAUCAAUAUGAUUUUAACCAUUCUGGAAAAGUUACAGCACAUCUUCACGUUUCAUAAAGUCUUUUCCAAAUUAUAGUCCUCUGACUGUCUAAUUUUGAGUCUUUCUUGCCCAUUUACAAUAUGUGAUGCUGAACUGAUCAUUCCUUAAUAAUUGGGUGGUAUAAACUAGAUGAAAUUACGUUGCAGGUAUUUGUGUGGUGUCUUUCAAAAGUCAUAAAUCUCUCUUAAUCCCAGCAAUAUUAUGGAGAGACUUGCUCAAUGAAAGCAGUAGAUUUACACUUGAAUUAGGAUUUGCUUCCAGUAAAUCUUUGCUACACCAGAUAAGAACAGGGCUGCUUUUGUGUUGUGUGUUUUUUUUUCCAUACGCUCUCGAGCCCUUCCUAGCGACGAUGGAUGAGAGAUGACUAAAAAUGAUGGACACCAGUUUUACCAUAGCCAUAGUUAGAGGAUGAGAAGGCUGCAAGGGGCGGGGGGACACAGCAGCCCCUUCCCAAGCAGGCUCUGCUGGGCAGAGGGUGCAGAGCUGGAGCUGUGCUGGGCUCACCUGCAGCCCUCCAGCCUCGCCGGGACCUCACGGGGAGAAGAGACGGGGCAGGAGGUGUGUGAGGGGCUCCAUUCAAUCUCUAUGCAAAAAAAUAAUAAUAAAUAAAUAAAACACGAAAGGCAAGGCUCGGGGUGAACAUUCAGCAAGUUCAGAAAUGCUGUACGUGGCCGGCGAAGCUCCCGAGCGUGGCACCAAAGGGUGACCUCGGCGGGGGUGCCUGGUGCCGGAGACACCCAAAAAGGGCCAUUUUUGUCCCGGUGUUCACAGCGCUUACAAGGCUCACUUGCACUAUUGCCUUUUGCCUGUAAUAUUCUGUACUUCAAGAGGGUUGGGGGGUAUAAAACGAGGCAGAAGGCUUUAAAAACACCUUAGGGCUGCACACCUCAUUUACGGGAGAGUUGUUUUACCCCUGAGGUGUCGCAGCCUGGGCAGGCAGCGACCCUGCCAGGGGCAAGCAGAGCGCAAAGCAGCAGCAAACCCAUACCCUGCAUUAGCAGCUUGGAGAAGAGAAUAACUUCAUGUACAGCAAUUUUAUUAAUUUUUUAUUAUUAUUUUUUUAAUUUUAAAUUAGAACUGCAGCUGCCAAUAGGAUGUCUUGGUUGUGUUUUGGUUUUUACGGGGGAAGACGAUUCGCUUUUCAAGCUGAAAGGCACUGCUGCCAACAGGACUUCACCCUGGGUGAGCUGGAGGGCCUGUUGCAGAAGGUGCAUUUUGUUUUUAUGCUGUGGUGUGCAUGGUUUACAGAGACUAGUUGCAUUUUCUUUGUGUAUACUGUUAAUUGUAUAUAGGGGCUAUACAACUAUAGGGAUGCCAUUUUGUCAUAACCAUAUCAAAAUUCGACUGAUUUCCACUGUAGACUCUGUCUUACUGUGUAGAUUUACAGGCCGAUCCACUGACUUUGAUUGUGUAAUUUAACAAUAGAACUGAUAAAUAAAAUUUAACUACAGUC